AUGGAAAGUACCGAGUAUCUCCCCCGCCCCUAACCCUGUAUAAAGGUCAUGUUUACUGUCUGAACACGUUAUCAGCUGAUGUUAUAAAUACACUUGGUCAGUAACAAACACAACCAGCUCCAGGGGAUCGAACAGGGGGAGAUAGAGGCAGAAUCAGAGAGAACGUCGGGUCACGUGACAGUUUAAAGGUCCCGGGGCUGUCACAGAUCACGUGACUGACUGGAAAGGUCUCAGUCCAAGUGCUUCCCGGUGACAGGGCUGAGAGCUCCCGGGGGCCCCUAGCUGAGAGACCGACGCUAUGAGUUUCCGGUGGCCCUAAGCUGUGAGAUCCGGGGGCCCCAGCCCAUGGAGUGUGAGCGGAUGGACAGCCUGGAGGGCUGGGUGGCCGUGCGCCCCAAUGCCUUCGAGGAGGCCGAGCCGUACAAGCUGGGGUUCAUCGUGGCCUGGAACCACGUGGAGAGCAAGUUCGCCGUCACCUGUCACAACCGGACCGUGCAGCGCCAGCGGGGGCGGCGGGAGCCGGGCGGGGAGCAGAGCAGCUGGGCCGGACUGUACUCGGUGGAGGACCUGCAGCACAUCCACCGGCAGCUGAGCUCGGUGUGCAGCCAGCUGGAGCCCUGCUUCCCCGGCCUGCCCUCCCCGGACCCCCCGGACAGCCUGUGGACGCUGCUCUUCCCCGGGGCCCCGUCCUGGCAUGGCUCCCGGGAGGAGCUGGACGGGGUGUGCCGGACCCUGGAGCGCUACCUGGGCACCGCCAUCGAGCAGUGCGGCCGCAGGAUCGUGCUGGAGCUGCUCUUCCCGGACCACGAGGAGGACUGCGAGCGAUACUUCGAGAACAUGCACGAGUUCCGCAAGAAGAGCCUGGAGGAGCAAGUGACCCGGGCCAAGGAGGAGCUGCGCACGGUGCGGAGCACACAGGGGCCACAGCAUGUGCCAGGGCACAACUACAGCUCCCAGCAUGCUUUGCUACUCUGAGGGGCAGUAGCUGUACCCCAGUUACCCCUGGGAUAGGUAUAGCAUGUUGACACUCCUGCUGGGGACUGCAACUCAUGUGAUGAUCAGCCAGCAACAUGGCUCUCUUGAGCAUUGUAGUAGUUAUAGUGCUUCACAGCAUGAGUGUCAAAAUGAAAUAUCAAAUCUUUUACCAAGUACUGAUUAUUGUUUAAAGUCUGAUUGUUAAAAUUAACCUUAAAGGGAGAGAUCUGCUGUUUUGUGUAGAAUGUUCAGAAAAUCCACAUGUAGCACAGACGGACAGAGUACUGCUCCUUUUUAGUAAAGGGAUGCUUCUAAUCUUAAAGAUGGGAUUGACAGCUUAGUUUAUUCAGCUCUUCGGUGUAGCUUCCUGUCCUAAAGAAAUAGAAAUAUGUUCUUUGCCCCUACCACUCACACCAUGUCAGUAAAAAAAGUCUAAUUUAAUAAAUAUCUAGAACCUACUAUGUUGACAUGUGAGCUGUAAAAGCUGUAUUUUCCACGGAAUGUGAACAUGAGUGAAGUUGCAAUAUAUUGUCUGUUUCUAAGAAACUAACUUCCUGAUUGUAAUCCGUUUUACUUUCAAUAUUUACAACCAAACCGGUGUGUGUGUUUAUUUUUUUUUUUUUAUCCAUUUAGUUUGCUAGUAGACAUUGCAUACAAAGUAAUACAUGUAGAAAUCAUACAGAUGACCAAAAAACUCCCCUUUGAAAUCCCUCUACUUGUGGCACAGCCCUUUGAACUCCCACAGAAUCAGGAAGUGGGUCACUAAUGAUGAACUGUUAAAAGAGCGAUUUAAGCAUUGCCACUACAGCUUGGUGUUGUAGAUCUGGGGGGAAAGCUGAUAUGGGCACAGGAUCAACUCUUAAAUGGAUUUCCAUGAAGUGGUGCUUCUGUUGUGAGUAUAACAGACCAUGGAAUGGGGCGCGGGGUUAUCUAUUAACGUGAACCUGAUCAGACAGGUUCACUUUACGAUUAAGUGAUUUUGGUGCUCAGUGUAACAUUAAAGAGGAACUGUCACACUAUUCCAAAUCCUUAAAUGAAUCCAUGAUGUUCAUCAUUUGAGAUUCGUUCAAUCCGCCUUUUCAAACCCAUCUCUGCUAACUCUGCUGUUAUCUAUCGUCCCACUGGUUACCAACUUCUCUUCCUUGACCACUUUGCUGCCUGGAUUCCUUACUUCCUCUCCGCUAACAUUCCAUCUGUAAUUCUCAGAGACUUCAACAUUCCCAUUAACCCACCCAUGUCCCCAGCAGCCUCAAAACUACUUUGUAUUACCUCCUCCGUUGGGCAAUCACAGUGGGCUAAUUCCCCCACCCAUGUAGAUGGCAAUACUCUAGACCUUAUUUUCACUCAUGAAUGUACAGUCUCUCAACAUCUGCAACACUCAAUUUCCUCUCUCAAAUAAUAAUCUCCCAUCAUUUGCUCUCAAUAGCCCACUCCCCCAAAAACCUUAGCCUAACCCACCUCAGAAGGAAUCUGAGUUCUAUAAACCUGCAGCAGCUGCCAGCUGAUAUUGAUUACCAACUAUUAUCCAUUCCUGCUUACUCAUGUCCCUCACUGGCUAUCUCCUCAUAUAACACUCUACCCUUGCUGCAUCCCCUCUCCAAAUACGUACCUCGAGGAGGAUACACCCCCCAACCGUGGCACACUAAAUCAACACGCUACCUGCAGAGAUGUUCCCGUUCUGCUGAACGCUGCUGGAGGAAGGCUCACACAGAGUCAGACUUUCUACACUACAAAUUCAUCUUGCAUUCAUACAGCAAAGCCCUUACCCUUGCCAAACAGUCAUACCUUUCUUCUCUUAUUAGCUCAUGCUCUCGCAAUCCCAGGCGUCUUUGAUACCUUUUAACCCUCUACUUUGCCCUGCUACGGCCACGACCCAAACCAAUCUUACAGCUGAUAGUUUUGCAUGCUACUUUACUGACAAGAUUGAACAGCUAAGGAAAGAAUUCUCACCACCAUGCCCCUCACUUUCUCAACCACAACUGAUCAUGCCCCUCCAACCCUUCUGACCUUCUCCCAGGCUACUGAACAAGAGGUGGCUGCGCUUAUCCGUUGUGCUUGCCCCAACACUUGAUCCUGUCCCGUCUCUCCUUAUCAGAUCUCUCUCCUCUUGUCUUGUGCCCUCCUUAACACACAUCUUCAACUGCUCUCUUUAUUCUGGCACUGUCCCUGCUGUCCUUAAGCAUGCUACUGUAGUACCCAUCUUAAAAAAAAUUCUUGACCCAUCCUCCCUUUCUAACUAUAGUCUUAUAUCCCUGCUUCCUUUUUCCUCAAAGCUUCAUGAAAGACCAGUCUUUACCCGUCUGGCCUGCUUCCUCAACUCCAACUCUCUCCUUGACCCUCGUCAGUCCGGCUUCCACCCCCUCCACUCUGAGACUGCCCUUAUUAAAGUCACUAACGACAUUAUCACAGCUAAAUCCAAAGGCCACUACUCCAUAUUAAUUCUUCUUGACCUCUCUGCUGCCUUUGACACUGUUGACCAUGUUCUCCUUCUCCAAACUCUUCAAUCACUCGGUGUCUGUGACUCUGUCCUCUCGUGGUUUUCAUCCUAUCUCACCCAAAGCUUAUUCAGUGUCUCCUUUUUUUAAUGACACCGCCACCAUUCGUCCUGUCUCAGUUGGAGUCCCCUAAGGCUCUGUCCUUGGUCCCCUUCUAUUUUCUCUUUAUACUGCCUCUCUUGGCAAACUUAGUACCUGUACGCUGACCCAGAUAUAUCUCUCCUCCCCGGACCACUCCCCUGAUGUCCUGCAAUGUGUCACCUAUUGCCUUUCUUCUAUCUCUGAUUGCAUGUCUUCACACUUUCUGAAACUCAAUCUUUCCAAAACAGAUCAUCUUGUUUUUCCUCCUCCUCUCACUCUCCCUUCAGAUUGGUGGUACCCAUAUCAGCCCAUCCUUACAAGCAUGUUGUCUUGGUGUUACUUUUCAAUUCUGGUCUCACCUUUGAGCCUCAAAUCCGGUCUGUUGUCAAAUCAUGCUAAUGCCACCUUAAAAACAUUGCCUACAUCCACCCCUUUCUUACUCAAGAUGCUACUAAAGAGCUUGUCCAUGCUCUAGUAAUCUCUCACAUGGACUAUUAUAACUCUCUCCAAUAGCCGUAUUGCCCCGCUACAGUCUGUAAUGAAUGCUACUGCCAGACUGAUUUUCCUCUCUAGUCGGUUCUCUCACACCUCACCCCUCUGUCAGUCCUUUGAUUGGCUUCCUGUAUCCAAUAGGAGUCAAUUUGAAGUGCUAACCCAUACCCAUAAAGCACUGAGCAAUUCUAACCCCUCCAUCUCCUCACAGAUCCAUAGGUAUGCCCCUUCUCGGUCUCUCCGCUCUGUCCGUGACCACCUCCUGUCUGCUGCUCGCACCCGUAUGGCCAACGCGUGCUUGCAGGACUUCUCGCAGACGGCUUCCUUCCAAUGGAAUAACCUGCCUACCGCCAUCAGACUAUCCCCUAGUCUUCAGUCCUUUUAGAAGUGCCUUAGGUUUGUGUGCGAGAGCACCGAUUGGCUUCAUCCAAUGUUCUCGUACAGCAGCACAUGUAAGAUAGUCUUCAAAGUAAAAACCAUUAUACCACAAGUAUUUGUAUUUUUAAUUUAUAUGGUCCAGUCUGAAUUUUCCCUUAUCAGCUCCAGCCUGUAUUUUUCCUUUAAGUUGUUUCCUAUAAUAUUAAUGUCUAUAUUGAGACUUUCUUGCAAUUAUGGUGCUUCCCCUUGGACAUGAAUCUAGUCCUCUUUGGACAUCAUUAGUGCAAGUGCUAGGGAGAGAUGAUUCGUAUCAACAAAUGCUUUAAUUGCGUCAUUCUCAACCAGAAAUAUGCAGGGGUGUUGCUAGGUGACCAAAAGACCUGCAGUGUCAGCCCAAGAGUAAAUUUUACAGCCUCUCCCCAAAUCCCACUGUGCUCUAUGUCCAAUUCUAACAUGUUUUAUGAGUCCUGAUAAGGCUCUGUCUCUGUUAUUUACUCAAGUGAGAACUUCCGGGGAAUUCAAAGUGAAUUAUAAAUGGCCAAAAUAGCCAAACUAAACACCAUAUUUACUAUGAUAAUUUUUCGAUAUCUGCUAUAAUGGCCUAUAUUGUUUAAUUUCGAAUUCCCAGCAAAUUGCACUUUUAGUGAAUAACCCUGUAGAUCUUUGUAUUAUUUCCUAAACCAUUAUUGAUAACUUCACGCCUGCUAUAUUAACCCAGUCUUGCAGCAUUAAACCUGCACCAGUACCCCCCAUAAUGUACGGUAUAAUAAAGUCCAGAUAUGGAACAUUAAAGUGGCACUGCCACAAAUUAGAUCAUUGGCGGUGUUAUUUCUCUCUAAAAAUUACAGAGGAAUGAACAGUAAAAAGCUGCUAAAAUCAUACUUUUUCAGAACUCCAGCCUGGGUCAUCUCACCCACCCCCUAGCAACACAACUGAGCUAUUACAUUGUACAUAUGGCUGUCUUGACACAGCGGCUGUCUACAUACAAUAUGUGACAGUGCACACUUGUGGUAUUCUAGAGAGAGUAAUGAUCAUCUUUGUUGCCUGUUAAUACAUCUUAGGUCAUUUUAGCAGAUCCCCAUCAAUAUGUUUUGUUUUUAUAUUAGAAGUUUGUUAAAAAAUAUACGGUUGAAACAUCCCAUCUAAACUUUCUUUAGAGCUUCCCAUGAUAUAAUAAUUCCAUGUUGUGUGGAUACUAAGAUCAGUGUGUUCUUUACUGAUGCAAAUUAAUAGACACCAGACAGGUAUAUGUACUAAAAUGUGCAUUGCUUGGAAAUUAAAGAGAAUUUUAAAAUGUAUGCGAAAAAUCAGUCAAGGCUGACUUGGAUAAUUUUUCCAAUUGAGCUAUUUUGGUUGAAAUUAGAAAUGUAAUUUUAAUUUCAGAAGUAUACUCUUCAGUGAAUAUACAACUCUGCGGAUGUUGUAAAUUACUGUAGCAGCACCAUAUUCCAUAUCUGGGUAACUGGCAAAAAAGCUGAUGUAGUAAGUAAUAUUUGUGAAUGGUACGCAGUAUUUAAGAGUAUAAAUAAUAGUGAUGCAUUAUGCUGGACAAGAAUGACUGUGGUGAAAUCUAUUUAUAUACUUGCUUUCCCUCCUCUUAGAUUCUUCAUCAGCACUUAAAGUCAGACAAAAUGAUGUCUUUGCUCAAACUUUAUGAAGCAGAAGAUGAGGCGUUUAUGGAAUUAGUUACCGUGGCAACCCAAUUCUACCAAUAUCAACUGCAGCCUUUCAGGGAUAUGCGAGAGCUGGCUAUAUUAUACAAGCUGGAAAUCCUGGUAGGGAAUUAUUUCCUUUUAUCUGUUAUUAUUACGCUUUUCUAUUGGAAAUCCGUGUGGGUUUUUGUUUACAGAGCAGUUUGAACCAAUUAUAGUCAGAAUGAUUUAUUAACUCUGGCUUGCUUUUGUUUAGUGCCUGAUCUACUAUGCAAGCCAGGCCUUCCUUUUCUCAUCUUUGGUGUGUUUGUGCAAAAUCUAAAAUUCUUUCAGCCUUGACAAGUGUUCUUUCAGACUGGUGUGCAAUCAAUUUCUUUAUUCCCCCACUCUCUUAAUAGAAGGUAUCACUUUUAUUGUGACUAACCAGUAGUCAGUAUUGUCAGUGGAUAAUGUAGCGUACUAGCAAACAGUUAAAGGUAGGUGUGAAAUGCCGCAGUAGUAAAUUGAAUUGCACAGCCCAGGAGCCCUGCCAUCUCAGUAUGUACAUAUUGUUUCAUUUUAUCCCCAUGCUUGUGUAGCUAUACAUAGUGUUUUUUCAGUGACCUGUUCUGUGUGCUCAAGGACAUAUAUGAACACACUGAUUUGUUGUAUUUACAUGCCCUGCAAAACAUGUUCCGUCUAUGCAAGCGAGGGGUCAGUAUGUAAACAUGGUUUAUAUUCUGUGCAUUUGUAACUUUUGUUUCCUAGAAAUCCCUGGAAAUGGAUGAUUUGGGACCUAAAAGAAUUGAAGCUCUGCAGAAAGAGGCAGAUAAGUGGAAUGCAAGAGCAGAGGAAGCUGUGUGCUCCAUACAGACUGUGACUGUCAGCUACUUCAAAGAGACUUCAAAAGCCCUGGCAGGUAGGCCGAUUUGAGGGGUUUCUGACGUUUUGUUUAAUUUAUUAUUGUUUUGGAUUUUUUUCCAUCUAGUGAAGCUGCAAACGAUGUGGUAUGAAUUUGAAUGGGAUUUUUAUAGUUGUAUUAUAUAUGUAUUUUAUCCCACUUCGUAGGAUAAAAAAAUAUUUUAUUUUUUUACUUCAACCGUUUGUUAGAUGGGCCCCCUGGGGAGGAAAAAAGUGUUGUUUUUUUUGUUUUGUUUUUUUCUGUCACACUUUUGGGGGGUUAUGCAAAAGCUAGCUUGUAUUAUAUGCUCAAUUAAUUUCUGCAGCUACUGUAUACCCUCACCUUUGUGCGCAGGACAGACAAUCCCAUCUAUCGAAGACAUUGUCCGAUCUGAGAAAAAAAACAAAAACUGACCAAUCAUACACUUCCCGAUGAGCUUUAUUACAGCCUAUUGAUAAGUGUAUGAAUAGCAAACACUGAGAUCACGGCAGCACCUCAAAUCCAUUUUGAAUUAUUGUUCCAAGUAAGCAAAGCAGGAAACUCUUUAGGCUAUCAGACAGCCGGGAAUGUUUAACAAAGGUGUUUUAUAAAACUGCACAUUUCUCCUCCAAUCAACCUUUUUAUAAAAUGAGCUUGCAGGGACAGACUAUUUAAUACUAUAACCCUCCAGGAAGCAGAUGUGCUUGGAGUGUUUCAAAAUCUUCUCCAUCACACUCACACCCAUUUUCCUUGUGAGCCUUUCUGUUUUAGCAAGUCAAAGCCAGACAGACAUUCCCAGUUAAGGCAAAUAGAUUUAGUAAAUUAUCAUUUUGGUAAGUCCUUUCAAAAACUCUUUGCUGUGCCCAGCAGUUUAGCAUUAAAUUGGAUCUUUUUAUUCCGGCUUCUAGACAACAAAGAAGCCUUUUGUGUUCCAUAUAUGGAGUGCUUUACAGUAUCCGUGAUUGUUUUACUUUUUUUUUUAUAUAUAUAUAUAUAUCCUUAAUAGCCAUGCACAAACAAAUGGAGCUGGAUGCUAAGAGGUUUGGCCAAACCACGUGGGCCUCUGCUGUGCCGAGGCUGGAGAGGCUAAAAUCCAUUUUGGCAAAGGAAACACUCCAACAUAUGAGAUCAAAGGAGCUCUGUCUGAACCAGAAGAGGGCAGAGAUCAAGAAAAAGGUAAAACACAUUAUAUAAGAUGAAGAAAUAGGCUGCACUGCUCAAAAACACAUUUCAUUUUUUUACAUCUUUUACAUGAUGCGUAGAUGGAGUAAACUCUGAAAACUGUGAACUAUAAAGUUUUGACUCCGUUAAAGGAGAAGCAUAAUUUCCCUGGAUUUUUAAGAUCCACAUUCAUAAACUGCUACAAGUCACUACCUGGUCCCUAAAGUAAUUUUAUAGUAGUAUCGCAUGCUCUACUUAUUUUGCAUUUUAGCUCUAUACAGCCGUGCAGUGGUUAAAUGAGUAGGACAUUCAUUAUUGAUCUAGAAGGCGGUUUUGUUAUGAGGUAUAUUUGUAUCACUUAUUUUGCGUAUUUAUAUGGCGCCAGCAUGUUCCGCAGCACUUUGCAAUGAUAGAAUGUGGAUAUUUGUCAACAAGUAAUUGAAAUAUCAGAGGUGAAGAAGACCCUGCUCUAAAAAGCUUACAUUUGUCACGGCACAGAGGCGUGUUCCUAUGUGCUCGGUAUAUUUAACCCAAGAUGCUGCCUCCAUCCUUCCUCCAUGUGAGCUCUCCUCCUACUGUCGUCUUGUCCAAUGCCGGCAGCUGCAUAUCAGAGCCUUUUUAUGGCCAGGUUGACGCAUGGACAUCCGUGCGCCAUUCCAUCAAUGGCACACAUGUCAUAAGGGUCACAUGAACCAAUAUCUGCCAACUUAAAGCUGUACGUACCCACACUAGCUGUUAUACUGUGCCAUGUCAUGGUUUCCUUUUACUGAUUAUUAGAGAGUGUGUUUUCUAAAGUUUAUUUAUCUGACCCCAACAUAUAUUGACCAUUUGUUACUCUCUGAUCUUUGUCCAUCUUUUACUAUUCUAUAUAGCUUUAAGAUAACAAAAAAUAAAGUAUAUAAAGGCGGCUCAAUUCCCUCUUAAAAUAUAAUAUCAAUUUAAUAAGCAGCUUAUCACUUCCAAGUGUUUCUCCUAACACCAAUUAAAGAAACAAAAACAAAUGUAAAAUGUAGUAUAACGCUUCAAUAAAAAAAACAAUAUUUAAACACUUUGUGUACAUAAAGUUGCACCUUAAUUAUAAAGUGCUUGUGUAUAGUCAGAAAUUAAUAUUAUCAUCAAUAUUGGUAUUUAUAUAGUGCCAGCUUAUUCCGCAGCGCUUUACAAUAAAAGGGGAAUUUACCAAAUAAGACAAUAACAAAAUGUAACAGGAACAAUAGGUAGUUGGGGACCCUGCUCAAACGAGCUUAAAUUUGUGGGAAUACACAAGCUCCUCAUAAUUGAGGUGUAAAUGUAUGUACACAAAAUGUUUAAAUAUUGAUUUUGAAUUGCUACACUACAUCUUAAAUCGUGCUAUUUUAUAUAGCAUUAAAUCUGACCAUUCCAAGGCCUGGUAAUAUGCUUUUAGUAUCCUGUAAGUUGUUCAUUUGAGUACUGCGUGUUGGGUCUAAGUCAAUCUGGACAACAAUCUGAUCCUUAGAAGGUUAGUUGAUCUUUGUUUGUGAUUUUUAAAAAAAUUUAAAUGUAGGAAUCCUGCUGAAUGUCAACACCGACAUCUUAUCUGUCAAUCACUACCCCCUCUGACAUGCUGUCGUAGAUUGUAAGCUUGUAAGCGCAAGCCCUUCUUCAAUUCUUGUUGUGAUGUCAUUUGUUAAAACCUUCAUAUACAUUUAAAAGAAAGGUCCAGCAUUACAUGGGAUAAAAAUGAAUUAUAUGAUAUUAUUAGUGUUUUGUUGGCACACUUCCCAUAGAAAUUAUGGUUCCCCGUUAAUACAACUUUUGGAUAAAGUGUGUCUACUUCAAAAUAUAUUGCUUUUAUUAAUGUAGCUUGCAGAAAUCUUCUUUUGUUUUGAGAUAACACUAUUGCAAUAAUGUUCUAAUAAUCCAUAGGUUUUCCAGUUAGUGUUUAUUUAUAUAGCAUUAAACAUCUUCUGCACUACUUAUACCCAGAGAUAAGUAGUAUUGUAGUGUUUUGUUUCCCCCCCAUGUAUAUUUUAAAGUAUUGCAUGCUUGAAUCUACAGAUGGGAAACCUCAUUGAAAUGGAGGAUGCCAUGGUGAUGGUUGAUGAGCUGGAGUUACGCUUCUAUGAAACGCAGUUAGAGCUCUAUCAUGUUCAGUUUGAGAUCCUCAAAUAUGAAGAGAUGUUACUUGUGGCAGAGCUGAACUCGCUGAGGAGACAAAUGAAAGGUGAGAUUGGUUCAUUCACACUGAGCUGUGCGAUGUAUAACCACAUGCUUGGAAAAAACAAAACAACCAGCCUUGAUGGUUACUAUGCAUGUUUAUUAAUUCUAUGUAGAAAGACCAUGCCAUUGUCCUGGUGUCCUUUCCUCUUUCUUACAUGGUGUUUGCUUGUUGAAAGAUAAGUCAUUGGUAAUAAAACACUAGCUGAAGACCGGUAGGAAGAAUUAUGUUUCUUUAGCUAAUGACAAGGUACUCUCUGUUCUGUAGAUCAGUGACAUUUGACUUGUAACUCUUCCGUUGUUGUGGAACAGCACCUAGUCUGAUGCGUGGCCUUAGACACACUCCUAUAGCUUCUCAAUUGACCUCCAAGCUUGAUCAGUUUUGUCAUUGCAGGAGCUGCUCAGUUAGUGUGCGCACACAACACAUUGCCCUGCCCCUCUGGUCAGCUAGUGCUGUGUGUGUUCUCGGAGCACAAUCUAGAUGUCACUGUAUAGCAUCACUGGGUAGGCGUGUGAAACUGGACUAUGGUGCUUGGAGGGUCCUUUCUAAUAUUAAUAUUACCAUCUUCAAUACAGAAUUCCAUAUUGUAUAUUGUUUCAGAAAAGCAAGAAGAGGUUAUUUAUUAUGAUACUUGUGAAGACCCACAAGAGCUACAGGUUUAUGACCAGUCGCAGAACAAUCUCUCGUCCAUGACACUCAAGAGAAAGGCCCAGCAACUCGAAACCAAACGAGGAAAUAUCUGUGCAAGGCGAGCGCUUCUGAGGAACAAAAAAGUAUGUCCCUGUUUUCCAUUUAGCCUUCACGAAUUUCUAUUUAAUGCCAUUUCAACAGUGAUUUCAAGUGUCUAUUGGUGUGCUAGACUGAUAAUCUUCCAACAGAUCUUGCUUGUCGUUCUGAAGAAUAGCAAUUAAGUUUACACACUUUUUUUUUUUUUUUUUUUACAAACUCAUAUUUAUGAUGGGAAUGUGACAUUUUGUCUGCGUGAACUGAUUUAAAUACUACAAAAAGCAAUAAAGCCUAAAAUAAUAAAAUGACAGUGAUCUCAUCCAAGACAAUGUUUUUGAUAGAAAUGUCAGAUUUUUAUUUUGAAAAUUUGUCAGGAUCUGCAGCUUUUUCAAUUUGAAAUCUUCCAUGAGCAGCUAAGAGAGUUGGUGUUACGGGACGAUUUUUGUUUACUGAAUGUUACAUAGUAAUCAAGGUUUAAAAAAAAAGGCCACCGAGUUUGAUCUUUGAAGCAGGACAUAGUGUAUUUUCAAAAUAAUAGAAAAUAAUAGAUUGUGUUUUUAAAAUAAUCCACUUUUGCAAUUUAAAAAAAAAUAAAUUGUUUAAAACUAUUUUCUGAGCACAUUUGCUACAGUUUAAAGACAUUAUUGUGAGUUUUAUUUCUGUUGAGCUUGUUGUAAGCUGUUUAACAACUGACUUAUUGAUAUGGAGCUCUCUGAUAAACUGCUAUAAAUUCAUACAUUGCUACUGUAGGAUCUCUGUGAUACAAACACAUAAGUGCUUCCUCACUAUCUUUUUUAUUUUUAUUUAUUUUUUUAAAAAAUUUUUGCCUUGAUGCUCUGAUGCAAAGCCAUACCAAACAAUCUGAACUCCUUUAAUCCCUUAAGGACACAUGACAUGUGUGACAUGUCAUGAUUCCCUUUUAUUCCAGAAGUUUGGUCCUUAAGGGGUUAAAGAAAAUGACUAUGGUAGAAAAUAGGAAGGAAGAAUUUGAAAGUCUAAGUAUUAAAAUGAAAGACAUACUCAAAUGCGACAUGUCCUUUAAGCUUCCUACCUAACCCGUUUUUCUCCUUACAUGAAAGUGACAUUCUGGGUUAGGAGAUAUUGCUUAUCUAUUGCAUUCCAAUAGUGGUAAACCAGACUAUUGUGUUUUUAAAAAAUAAUAAUGACUAAAAAAAAUACAGUGUAAUCCUGAAUGUUUCUCUUUUUAUUAAAGAGGAAUCAAAUAAACAUUGUUGCAGUACAUCACUUUAUUAUGUUUUGUUUAAAGGACCAGUGUGUGGAAACGCAGGAGCUGAAAGCAAAGCAGUUCGAAGAAUCGCAGAAGCGCCAUUUUCAGCAUCAUUCUAUACAGAUGGUGGGUACCACGAGGAAUAAUAUUUCACUUUGUCUUAUGACUGCCCCAGUACUUCUGUACAGUUGUCUAAACCAUUCAAAGCCUGUGUGGGAGCCUUUAUAACAGGUGUUCAUUUCUCAAUAGAAACGAGACCAGAAGAAAGAAGAAACAAAAAAGAAUAAAGAAUGGUUGGAUCAGGAGCGUCAGAAGACUUUACAGCGUUUAAAAUCCUUUAAAGAUGUGAGUGUUAAAGCCCAUGCAUUGAAGCUGUUUGUGCCUGAUCCAUUGAGAAUUAAACGUUUUCAUUGUGAAUGAAUGAGUUCACAGGGAGGAGGGGGUGAGAUGAUUGAUUUGAGUAAUACAUCUGACUGUAACAUUUUUCUUUCUUGUAGAGAAAUGACUCACAGUCUGUAUUAAAGACAUCUCAUAUACAAUCCCGUUUUACUUGUAAAUCACAAGGAAUAAAUAAAGCCAUAAAGCAGCCACGUGACCCACCAGAUAUAGCGGUGCAAAUUUUUGUUGCAAAGACUGGACCUGAACCUGGAUUUACGAGCAAUGAAAACUGUAAACCAGAACUGCACUUUCCUCCACCCCCAAUACUGCCACCUCCACCGCCCCCACCUCCACCGCCCCCACCACCUCCUCUCCCUGCCCUUCCCUUGCUACAUAAUGUUCCACAGACCUCUAACCCAUGGCACAACAAACCUCAAAUGUUAAGUGACAAAGCUGAACAUGACGUGUCUUCAAUAACACACAAAAUGCCUGUGAACCAAUAUUCAGGUAAGAUAUGCUACAUUAUAGCCAUAAUACAAACUUCUGUUGCUCUUUCCUGAAACGUAUUCUGCGAGAAAGCAUCUUUGAAAGAUUUUUCACCAUUCUGUUUAUCGUUUGUUAUUUUUGGCACUAGGCAGUGUCCCUAAGUUGGUGGUAUGUCUAAUCACCUCAUUCAUAACCUCUCCCUGUUUUGGAACAUGCCAAUUGCUCUGAUUUAACCUGGUAGCAGAGUGCAGAUAAUUAACUUAGCCAGUUUCUCAUAAAGCAGAUUAAAUUACCUCACCCGUUCUCUGCAGCUAAUGUAAGGGCAAAUUAUUUUUUAAAAAUGGCUUAUUUGCCCUUUCAGCUAUCCGUUGGCUAUUUGCAUUCCUGUACAGUUGUAUUUUUAUGUUUUAGUUACGGACAGGGUGAUCCAAACCUCUUGAAAUCUAGAUAUUGUCGCAUUCUUUUUACUUCUACAAUUUUUCCCCCAUAAUGUAUUGAAUUAUCCCUAUUUUGAGUAAGGGAUAUAUAUGUUCAAUAAGCUAGUUAUGCAUGUUUUUCUAGGUUCAAUGGAAGAGGUAUUGGCUUCACUGAAACGGGGUGAAAAUAAUCUUCGUAGGGUGGAACAGCCAUUGCCAUCUAUGAGUGAUGCUCGAGACAACAUCCUGAGUGCUAUUCGACAAGGAGUCAAACUUAAGAAAGUUCAAAGAGACAAAACUGACAAGGAGCCGGCGAAUGAACUUGAAAAGAGCAUUAAGGCUGCCAUGUUGAGAAUGAAAAAGGUGUCCGCAGACUCGGAUGAUGAAGAAAAAGAAUAUGUUAGCGGCGAAUGGGAUACUUAAUGGGUCAUCCAAUGAACUACUGAUAAUCAUAUUCAACCUCAUCCCCACCAUGUCAACCUGCUACUUUCAAUUAAAUGUCACCGCUCUGUUGUGAUGCAGCUUAAAUGGACUGCUCAUUAUAUAUUUUUAUGUAUUUUAGAGCAUAUCGAAUUACAUUUAAAUUUUUUUUAUUUUUUUUAGGUAACUUUUACAUUUCUGGCACUGAGUGAGCAAAAACACUACUUUUUAUAUAUUUUACUUAACUGCUACCUGGCUUAAUUUAACAAAAAGAACAAGUGUUCUUUUCAUAAUUGUUAUUUUUCUGGUAUUUAAACAAACAUUUAUAUUGGUGUGCCCAAUAAAAAUGAUAAAUUUAUAAGA